UCGUGGUGGUUUUUACGGCAAGAACUGUAGUCGUAGCUGUGGACAUUGUUUGAACAAAGUAAGCUGAAAUCACGUGACAGGUCAUUGUCCAGAUGAACUAUGUGAACCAGGAUAUGAAAAAAAGAAAUGUAAUGAGGAAUGUGAUGACGGGUAUUUUGGCAAUAACUGUAAAGAAGAAUGUGGUCACUGUGCAGGUGAAAUGCCGUGCAAUAAAACUGACGGUACUUGUCCAGGAGAAUGUGCAGAUGGAUGGAUAACACCCCGCUGCAAUGAAAUAUGUAGUCCUGGAAGAUAUGGCAAAGAUUGCAAAGAGGUAUGUGGUUACUGUGAAAGAAAUGAGCCAUGUAAUCAUAUCACUGGAUCCUGUCCUGGAUUGUGUGAACCCGGAUAUUAUGGAGAAAAAUGUCUCACACCAUGUACGUUUGGAAGGUAUGGCGAAGGCUGUAAGGGAAUAUGUGGUCACUGUGAAAGCAAUAAAACUUGUAAUUAUGUCAAUGGAUCCUGUUCCGGGCUAUGUGAACCUGGAUAUCAUGGGGAGAACUGCCUAACAAAAUGCAAGGAUGGCUGGUUUGGCAAAGAAUGUAAAGAACGUUGUGGUUACUGUAGAGGUAACAAACCAUGCCAUCACGUGACCGAAUCUUGUUCUGGAUUAUGUGAAGCUGGAUUCCAUGGGGAGAAUUGUGAAAACGGUGUAUCGUAUCAAAUUCUUGCUGGCGUGAGGGAAUUGCUUAAUUUAAUGACGGAGCUAAUUUCACACCGAAGACGAAAAAGUGACCUGAAAGAAAAAGGCACAUCUCCAACUGAUUUUAAAUAAGGGACAGACACGCUCUUUGUCGUAACAAAACUUUUAUUGUCAGAUUUUAUUACAAUUAUCUGUUUUUAUCUGUCCGUGCAAAGGACGUUUUAACCCCUCUCACAUGUUUGGGUAUCCAGCAUUGAUAUUUUGCAUGUAUAGAGUAUCACUUGCAGGGCUUGCUCUGGUAUUCCAUUUUUUAAAGAAAGUUAUGGUUCAGCGUUUCUGAGCUAAGGUAUUUCAUAAUUUCAUGUUAGUUAUUUGCAGUGUAAAAUAUAAUUCAUUUUUCCUAAAACAUCCAGUAGCCGCAUUUCUCAUCAUGUUAGCAUGUUUUGUUUUUUUUUCAUUUAAUACGAUAUCUAUGUUUAGUAACAUGUAUCUGAAUAU